UACUCAUUCCCCUCAUCACCAACAAAAUAUCUCUUAAUCUCUCUUACCCUCUAGUUGUAAAAUAUAUUAAUUUCAUAGAUAGUCAAACUAAGCAAUGGUAGAAAAAGGUCUAAUUUUGGCAGUUCUAUUAGCAUCGAUGUUGGCUGGGUGUAUGGCCAAUAGAGAUUGGGGUUCUGGAUUUAACUAUACAGAUUGGCUUCAUAGACAUCGUAGUUGGUAUGGUCACCACCAUCAGAACCAAACUAAACAAGUUCCCAACAAGAUUAUCGUGGGUGGCUCGGAGCACUGGCGCUUCAACUUUAGCUACACGGAUUGGGCUUUCAACCAUGGCCCAUUCUACCUAAAUGACAUCCUUGUUUUCAAGUACGAUCCUCCGAAAGGCAAGGACUCACAUCCACACAGCGUGUACCAGCUCCCAGACUUGAGAAGCUUUGUGAAGUGUGAUCUAAGCAAUGGAAAGAAGUUGGCGAAUGCAACACAAGGUAGUGGAGAAGGAUUCGAGGUGGUUCUAGAUAAGUGGCAGCCCUACUACUUUGCCUGUGGUGAGAGCAAUGGUUUCCAUUGCAAUAUUGGACGUAUGAAGUUCUUUGUCAUACCAAUGCUUCGUCCUUGGCAUUCGUAACUCAUCCACACUAAGACAAUCAAACAGAGCAUAAUUUAUUUUCUUUUAAUAAUAAAGACAUUUCUCAGAACAUGUAGACUGAGAUAUGGCUGCUGAGUGCGUGCAUAGAUUGGAUCGUUAUUACUUAAUUAAUUAUUUGAUGACACCUUGUGUUUCUUUUUGUUAAGCUAACUACUUAUCGUUGUUCAAUUGGUCUUCCAAACUAGCUCGAAUAUAUUGUCACUUAUAUAUUUUGGUA